ACCUGUACUGGGCAUGUUCAGUGUCAGUGGAAAACACCAGCAGCAUUGUCUCUGUUCUCAUGGCUGCACCAAAACCUGAGCGGUGUGUGACUCUCUUCAUGUGUUUAUGGAUAUCUUCUGUGGCUAUAGAAGCACUUACAGUAAGCCCCAGAGAAAAUGUCAUGCUUCAGUGUCAAGCUCACAAACUGGACUCAAUCAAGAUGGUAAAGUGGCUCAGACCUGACCUGAAGUCAGACGGCUAUGUCUUCUUCUUCAGAGACGGCAGUCCACUUAAAAGCUACCAGCAUCCAUCUUUUCGUGGUCGAGUAGAACUGAAAGAUCCAGAGAUGGAUAAUGGAGUUGCUUCAGUGAUUCUGAAAAAUGUCCAGUGGACAGACACUGGGACAUACGAGUGCCAUAUUGGAGGUACCAGGAGAGGGCAGCCAAAGAAAAUCAAGUGCCACAUUAAAGUAACAGUUGCAGACUCAGGUGAGUUUGUAGAGCUCAGACUCAGUUGACCGAGCUGGACACUCUGAGGUUGGUGGAGACACUGAUAGAAGAGAGAAGGGUGACGUGAAGACUGACAUGGAACAGAACAGGGAUGGUUUUGUUGGACUGCUGGUUGGUUUCUCAGUUUUUGCUGUGCUUCUACUUGGUGGUGUUACUGUUGUGAUUUAUAUUAGAAAAUGUAAAGGAGAGAAAAAUACAUACAGGCCUGCUGAAAAGGCAGAAACUUCCUUGAUGAACUCAAAAUAACUCCAGAGCUAGUUGAUGGACACUAAUGUGCUGGACCGCUGCAGGAGACCAUAAAAAUACCUGAAACAACACAGUGCAACAAGACGACUGUAACACCCGAGGAGCAGUUCAUACACUGUGAUGUAUCUGAACAUGUUGCAUAUCUUAUUUGUUUUCAGGGAAAUCAUAAACAGUGUGAUCAUGUGUUUCCUGUGCUGGUAUCCAUGAUGUUCCUGUGAUUACAGUCACAUCAGCUGUGACUCAAAUCUUAUUAUUUAUACAGUAAUUAAAUUAUUGAAAGCAGCAAGAGCCUCUUCCUCCUCUAAUUUAAUUUUCAAAUCACUUAAACCCCAGUGUUUUAUUUAAGGUCACAGACUCAUCACCCUCAACAACUUUUUAAACUUAGGCAACAAGCAGGGCCAUUUAUAGUUAAUUCAGCAAUUUUAAACUUGUUUCUCUGCCUUUUUAUUUUUCAUCCAAAAUCAUAUCCUGCAUGACACCAACCAAGUGCAGCCUCAAUAUUACUCCCACUGAAUUUCUUAAAGGGGCCGUUGACAUGGUUGGGCCCCAUAUUUUAUCAACUGACCUAUGGCUAAGCCCCGCCCCCCUCCACUCACCUGGACAAACUAUCAACAUUCAGUGCCCGGCGCUAUGGCAGGUGUCACAGUACACGGCAUUUCACAGGAGGCAACUGAUGAUUUUUGGGGACAUAACGAUCAGAUGUCAUUGAGAAGUAACCAAAAGGGCCUAAACUACGCAUUGGAGGGAUAUAUUCAUCAUUUUAUUGUUGAGAAGGUCGAUGAAAAGCUUAAAUUACAAGCCAAAAUUUACAGGUCACAGUGUACGCUUGUGAACCGCAUCUGGUUGCCGUCACCAUCAAAGACAACAAGUUAAAGUGCCACUGAAGUUAAGGUUUUUGGCUCAGAAUAUGAGAAAAGGAUAACGGCCUUUUUACCAUCUUUACCAAGAGUGUCUCUCCGUUAGUUUGGUGCUACAGUAUUUACACUGAAUCAUUCAGCAUAACGUUUGCCAACCUUUGUUAUCUCUGCCAUUACAGAUAAGUUAAUGAAGCUAAGCUCCAGAAGUUAACGUUAGCUUAACUAGAGCCCUUUGGACAACAGCUAACAAUGAUGUACGAUCACCAAAGUACAAAACUAGAACAAAAUAGGCUAAUGAACUCCCAGCAAACAAGGUGACAUGAUGAACAACGCAGCUAGGAGCUAACGUUAGGCUAACUUUAGCUAACGUUAGCUAGAGAUGUUAAAGAUAGCUUUAUAUUUCUUUCCAGCAAAGUGACAAUAUGUUGCCUCAAACACAAUGUUGACUUACCUUAGAACAGAUGUAGACAUCAUUGUUAAUCUUAUUCACGUUGAGUUGAUGUUGUGGUCUAACGUUACCACACAACUUUAUCCAAAGGAGACACUUUUCUCGGUUGAGGGCGGGGCUUAGCCACAGGUCAAUUAUUAACCACUUCCUAUUUACUUUGAAAUGAAAAACAACAUUAGCCGAGCUCAAGCUUCCAAAGUAAGGACUUCUGACCCUUUCGUUGUCCAGAGCACCUCUUACGCUUUGGACCUGUGAGAAUACGACCCUUCAUACCAGCAUCGUCCAUCAUGUGAAAUAUUUUCUACUUCAGUCCUCCAAGUAAUUUUUGAAACUCUUAUUUCAGGGGAAAAACAGAGCAAUUUGUUUGUACGCUGAAAAUUAGUGACAGACGAGGAAAUCAUAUCAGCCAUCCUACUCAAGACUUUUUGUCUGGUUCAUUUCUCUUGUAUAAAGCACUAGAUGUGCUCUCUUUAAUCCACUGCUCAUCAUCAUCAUUAUUAUUAUUAUUAUUAUUAUAUUAGUUUUUUAAGUUUAAAUUUGAAAUCUUUAAUCUGACUCUUUCUCCUUGACUGCUGUAACUGGAAUUUCUCAAUUGUGGGAUCAAUAAAGGUGUAUCUUAUCUUAUCUUAUCUUAUCUUAUCUUAUCUUAUCUCAUCUCAUCUCAUCUCAUCUUAUCUUAACUAGUUCAGAACGCAGCAGCUCGGCUUCUUACUGGUUUUAACAGACGACAUCACAUCGCCUUUAAGAUUUUACUGAUCACGUUAAUUUUUUAAAUUCUUUUCUGUUGUUGUUGAUUUCAAUUAAUUUUAUUAGUUUUGUUCUUUUAUGUAUUCAUGUAUAGUGACAUUUUGUGUCCUGCAUUUUGCACUUUUUUUUUUUUGUCCUUUUUUUUGUUUUAACUUUGACCCAACUACUUUAUUUAUUGUCCUGCUUAUGUCUGGAAGGACUGCUUUGCUUCCUGUUGUUGUGUUGCCCUCAGAGUUUCCACUUCUGUUCUUGCUUUGUUUGUCAAAGCAUUUUUUAAACUGUUUAAAGGUUCUGUGAAAAAUGAAGGUGUGAU